CGCACAUACAGUGUGUGCCAACCCUUGCCCUCCACUCCACACGUUAUUCAUGUGUUAGCAGUGUUUUUGGUGUAAAAUGUCUGUCGUAUUGUUGGUGUGAAUGAGUUAUAUAUUGUGUGAAACCCUUUGAGUUGAUAAUCAUUGUGUCCAAUGAAUUAUGUCGACAAUAAACUCGUUGUUUAGCUUAACGUCACCCGUAGUUAAAAAGCUGUUGGGUUGGAAACAGGGGGACGAAGAGGGAAAGUGGGCCGAAAAGGCGGUCUACUCUUUGGUGAAGAAGUUGAAGAAACAGAAGGGAGCGGUGGAAGAGUUGGAAAGGGCUCUCUCACAACCGGGUCAGCCCAGCAAAUGUGUUACGAUUCCCCGAUCUCUCGACGGACGACUACAGGUGUCGCAGAGGAAGGGAUUGCCGCACGUUAUCUAUUGUCGACUCUGGCGAUGGCCAGACCUGUCCAGUCAUCACGAGCUCAAAGCCAUUGACAUUUGUCAGUACGCCUUCAGUCUUAAGAAGGAUGAGGUCUGCGUAAACCCCUACCACUACCAGCGCAUCGAAACCCCAGCCCUCCCACCAAUACUAGUGCCUCAGACCCCUCCGCCCGGGUAUAUGAGCGAAGACGGCGACAAUCAGGAUCUCAAUGGCACCGAUAAUAUGGACACUUCCCUUAUCUCAUCGCCAUCUCCACCAUUGGAUGUCCAACCGGUGACAUAUACGGAGCCGGCGUUCUGGUGCUCCAUCUCAUACUAUGAACUCAAUACCCGUGUGGGCGAGACUUUCCACGCCUCCCAACCCUCACUCACUGUCGACGGCUUCACCGAUCCGUCCAGUUCUGAGCGCUUCUGUUUGGGUCUUCUCUCUAAUGUCAACCGAAACGCUAUCGUUGAACAGACGCGAAGACAUAUCGGUCGAGGCGUUCGGCUUUACUAUAUAGGAGGGGAAGUGUUUGCUGAAUGUCUCAGUGAUAGCAGUAUUUUCGUUCAGAGCCCUAAUUGUAACCAAAGAUAUGGUUGGCAUCCGGCGACGGUCUGCAAAAUACCUCCGGGCUGUAAUCUUAAGAUAUUCAACAAUCAAGAGUUCGCUGCACUGUUGGCACAGUCGGUGAGUCAGGGCUUUGAAGCGGUGUAUCAGUUGACCAGAAUGUGUACAAUAAGGAUGAGCUUUGUUAAGGGUUGGGGAGCGGAGUAUAGGCGCCAAACGGUCACAUCGACUCCCUGUUGGAUUGAACUCCAUCUGAACGGUCCGCUCCAGUGGUUGGAUCGGGUGUUGACUCAAAUGGGUUCCCCGCGAAUCCCCUGCAGUUCAAUGUCAUAACACUUACAUCACAAACAAUACUGAAAUGAAAUUUAAAUCCCAAACACAUUAUUAGCUCCUAUUCUUCGCUUACAUUCAUUUUAUUUGCAGCUUUUAGUGACUUAUAAUCACAUCUUUAAAGACAUUAUAUUAAUAUAAUAUAUAUUUGAUAUUAAAACACGAAAAUAUUGUUUUUUUUAAUUAUGAAAUAUUUGUUUAAUCCAAUUAUGUUUGAAAUACUGACUUUGAUUAUGAAAUCAAUUCUUCAAUAUUUGUUGCCUUUUAUUUGAACGAAAAUUUCGUUUUUAAACUUCUU